CUCCUCCGUUAACCCAGCCCUCCUCCAGCCCUCAGUCCCCCGCACAUGCUCAGAUCUCCAGCGUCGCGUCUCCAGCGCGUCUCCAGCGCGUCUCCGGUGCGGCCUGUGCGUGCGGACCCGCCGCGGACACACACUCUCUCAUGGAGCUCGCGUCUCCUCUGCCUUCGACUCCACCAUGCACUUUAGGAUUUCAAUAAGAUGUUUGUGUGUUUUGAGAUAAUCAUUUUGCUUCUCUCCGGCAACUUCUGCGCCUUCGUUUAUACUCAGGAUCCCUCCUGCUGCCAUCAUGCUGCAGAACUCUUUCCUCAGUGUAAGGGAGCGUGUGAACAGCUCGCCAGCAUCCGGAGCGAGUCACGUCUGAAGCAUCUGCUCCUGCGUCUGCCCAGCUACUGCCCUGAGUCUCUGAACGAACUCUGGAUUUGCAUCAACAGCACAUUACCGGGUGCUUCCAGGAAAUCUGAUGGCUGGGUGGGUCUGGGCUGCUGUGAACUGGCCAUCAACACCGACUGCCGACGGGACUGCAAACAGGCUUCGUCGAGGAAUGACAUCACAAAAGUGUGCAAGAAAGACUCAGAGAAGCCGCUCUUCAGCUGCAUCACCAAAAAUGAAAUGGGCUCAGUGUGCUGCAGUUACGCUGGGAGACACACGAACUGUCGGGAAUACUGCCAGGCCAUCUUCCGCACGGACUCGUCGCCCACCGUCUCCCAGAUCAACGCCGUGAAGGAGUACUGCCAGAGCAUCAGCCCUCAGCUCAUCGGCUGUGUGGCCAACUACACCAAAUCAUACCCCAUCAGAAGCCCGAUUGACAGUCUGUACUGCUGUGACCGGGCGGUGGAGGCUCACUGUCAGACCGCCUGUAAGCGGAUCCUGCGCACCAUGAGCACGGAGCAGGAGAUCAUGGACGGGCUGAUCUCGGAGUGCGGCAGCCAGCCUCUCCCGCAGGACCCGCUGUGGCAGUGCUUCCUGGGCAGCGCCCACCCGCCCACCGAGACCCACCCCGAGUCCCCCCCCAUCGCCAAGAUGGACUGCGCCAAGCUGCACUGCUGCUCCAAAGCCAACACGUCCCACUGCAGGAACAUGUGCCUGGAGAUCAGCACCAACUGGGGCACUCAGACAUGGCAGGAGUUCGACCAGCACUGCGAAUAUAACCCGGUGGAGAUGGACCUCAUCACGUGCCUGGCCGACGUGCGCGAGCCCUGCCAGCUCGGCUGCAAAGACCUCAGCUACUGCACCAACUUCAACAACAGGCCGACGGAGCUGUUUCGCAGCUGUAACGUUCAGUCGGAUCAGGGCGCCAUGAACGACUUCAAGCUCUGGUCCAAUGGCAGCAUCAAGAUGCCCUUCAUGAACAUCCCCGUGCUGGACAUCAGGAAGUGCCGGCCGGACAUGUGGAAGGCUGUGGCCUGCGCCCUGCAGAUCAAGCCCUGCUACAGCAGAUCCAGGGGGAGCGUCAUCUGCAGAUCGGACUGUGUGGAUAUCCUGAGUCAGUGUGGCGACCGGAAACGCUUCCUUGAAGGACAGACGCCUGAGCGCAUCUGUGACCUGCUAUCGCCCACCGAUGACCCGGAGCGCUGCAUCCCGCUGGAGAGAUACCUGGCUCCCAGUCCCUUUGACAACAUCAUUGAAGAAGUCAUCCAUCCCUGCAACCCGAACCCGUGUCCCAGCAAUCACCUGUGUGAGGUCAACCGGAAGGGCUGCCAUCCUGGACAAGACUGCCUGCCGUACUUCUGCGUUCCUGGCUGUAAACUGGGCGAGGCGUCUGAGUUCCUGGUGCCCAUGGACGCUCGUAUCCAGGUGCCCACGAGGAGUGCACAGGUGGGCUGUUACGAGGUGUGUACCUGCGGUCAGAGCGGACACCUGGAGAAUUGUGCUGAGAUGCCAUGUGUCGACACCACCCAGACCUGCCUCGUCGCAGGACAGCGCAGAACUCACGGUUCCUCCUUCCGGCUCGACUGCCAGACCUGUUCCUGUUUCGCCGGAGAAACCGUCUGUUCAUCCCGUCAUUGUCUGCGGUCCGACGUACCAGACGAGGGCCGGCGCAUCUUCACAGGCCUUCCCUGCGGUUGUGCGGAUCACUUUGUGCCGGUGUGUGCCGGGAACGGACGCACGUAUCCCAGCGCAUGUGUGGCUCGCUGUGUCGGCUUCAGGGACAAUCAGUUUGUGUUCGGCUCGUGCAGAAGCAUCGACCCCUGCCUGCCCAACCCCUGCCAGAAGAACCAGAGGUGUAUCCCCAGACGUCAGGUGUGUUUGACGGACCUGUCGGACUAUCCCUGCCCACAGUACGAGUGUGUGUCGCGACCGAGCGCCUGUGACCAAAACCAGCUCGACCCGGUGUGUGACACAGAAAACUUUGAGCACGCCAACCUUUGCCAGCUGAACCUGCGGGGCAAGACCCUGGCGUACAGCGGACACUGCCAGGAGUCGUGCCGGAGCCCCAUGGAGGUGUGUGGCCACAGCGGCGAGAGCUUCAGUACGGUGUGUGAAGCGUUCUCGGCGCGCGUGGCCGUGGACUAUCAGGGCCGGUGUCACGCGGUCGGGGUCGUGUCGGGCGUGCCGUCGGACUCGGGCUGUAACGCGGUGUCGUGUGCUCCUCUCUCCAGCAGCCGCUGCCGGCCCGUCACUCCACCGGGCGCCUGCUGUCCGGUGUGUGCAGGGAUGCUGCAGAUCCUCUGGAACAAACAGCAGAUGAACACCUUCGCCAAGCUGAACCGCAAUCAGCCGGUGACGCUGCAUGACAUCCUGAAGAUCCUGCGGCUGCACAUCUCUGUUCCUCAGUGCGACGUCUUCGGCUAUCUCAGCAUCGACUCCGAGAUCAUCAUCCUCAUCGUGCCUGUGGAUCAGCAGCCAACGCCACUGCAGAUUGAAGCCUGCAGUAAGGAGGCAGAGAAGAUCGACGCGCUCAUCAACUCGGGCAGCCCGACGCUGGUGUCUCACGUGCCUCUGUCGGCGUUCCUGCACUCGGAGCUCCAGCUCUCCACCGUCAGCUUCUCCUCCGCCUCAUCCCUCUCUCUCUCCUUCUUCCUGCUCUCCUCCGCCCUCAUCCUGUCUUUCCACAUCCUUACCCCACAUGACCUCUGACCUUCACAGGUCACCUGACUGGACACUGUCCAGGUCGACUCUGACCAUUACGCUGCAAACUGACAAUCAAGUCCAGACUUUUCCUCACAACGAAGGACCUUCUCCAAAGGAAGAUGUUUCUCAAGGUCGAGUGAAGCCGGAAACGGAAGAAACGUGUCGAGUUCAGACGACUGCUGCUUUUAGAUCUCUCACGGACCAACUUACUCCAGCACAUAUCAGCUUUCUAGAGAAGCCCGUUUCUGCCACGGAAUAAAAACUGUACAAAGGUAAUUGCGACUUUUAACAUAAAAAAUAAAAAAUCUUUUUUACUUUUUUCCCGCAAUUGUGAGUUUAUAUUACACAAUUCUGAGAAAAAAAGUCAGAAUAGUCCCUUAAAAAGUCGCAACUGCAAAAAAAAGUAAAAAGUUGCAAUAGUGAGAAAAAAAAUCUGAAUUGAGUCGCAAUUGUGAUCAUUAUUUUUUGAUUGAGUAAUUCGCAAUUGCGAUAAAAAUUCAGAAUUGUGAUAAAAGUCGCAAUUGCCAAAAAAAAAGAAGAAUUUUGAGUUAAAAGUUCGAAUUGUGAGAAAAAAUCUGAAUUGUGAGAUAAAAAGUCAAUUAUAAGUCAGAAUUGUGAGUUAAAAGUCGCAAUUAUAAGUUAGAAUUGUUAGUUAAAAGUCGCAAUUGGCAUAAAAAAAUCAGAAUUGUUAGUUAAAAAGUCGCAAUUAUAAG